UAUAGGUUAAGUGAAAUUCUAAUCAAAACAAGACUUUGCAUGGAGCUUAAGCUGAUUUUAAAAUUUACAUGGAAAGGAAUAAUUGCAAGGAGAGCAAAAACCAUUCUGGCAAACAUUGAGUGGGUAAAAUAAGGAGCUGGGAAAAAUAAAGCCAUGAGUUAUCUUUAACCACUUUAAUGGUGUCUUUCUUUACCCAGAAUUUUUAAAGUUUUAUGUAGUCAAAUCUACCUGUGGCUUUUGGAUUUUUGUGACAUGCUACCUCAAGAUUAUAAAAAUGCUUCUCUGUAUUUCCUUCUGGUAUUCUUAUAGUUGUAUAUUUUCAGUUUAUGUUUUUAUCUCAGCUACAGUUUACUUUUGUGUAUGGUGAGAGGUAGUGAGAAAUGCCAGACUUAAAAGAGACCCGUAAUGUAGUGGGAGCGAUACUAGCCUAGAAGUCAGAAAAUCAGCAAUCUAGGCUUGCUCCCAUGUCACUUUGGAAUCUUGGAUAAAUUAAUUCACUCUCUGGCCCAAGAGUCCUCAUCUUGAAAACAAAGAUGAGUAAAUAAAUAACUUUUCAGGCUAAUUUCUAGCACUACCCUGAGGAUCAAAUGAGAUCAUAGAUGAAAAGACUUUGAGAAGAAAAAAAAACCCUUUGCGAAUCUUCUAAGUUAUCAUUAAUACAGAUUUUUUGUUUAUGCAAAUCAAAUGUAAGUGGAAAUGCAGCAUUAUUUUUUACUACCUAUAAUAGUUGGUUGAUUCAUCAAAUGUUUAUUUCAUGCCUUUGUGCAAGACCUUGGGGGAAGGGAGUGGAGACUGAGGAAGAUGAAAACUAACAUUUUUUUGUGUUUGGUGCUUUACUUUAAAGAAGGAUAAGACUUAGUCCUCUCCGCUCAGGAAUUUGCAGUCUAGAAGGGGAGAAGACAGAGUACCCUUAAGGAGAAUUUGUGCCUCUGUUAAUGUGGGUGUUGAGUCAGUGGGCUUUGUUAAUAGGUAGACAGCACAGAGGGCAGUGUUUUCACUUGCUCACAAUAAGCCUGGCUGAAACUGCUUUAAGAAGCAACUGCCCUGACCCUCUUGCCCACAGGCCGGCCUCCUCCCACGUGACCUUCCCUAAUUUCCUUGGCACAGUCUGCCCUCAGGCCCAGCCCACCACUUAUUACAAAUAGUAUUGUAAUGAUUACUGGUUAGUCUUUUCCUGCACCAGCUCUCUAUGGCCUAAGGAGAGCCUGAGUGUUUUCUCUUUGAAGGCUGCCCUGGGCCAACUGAGCCGAGUUAACCAGCUGGCUUUCCUUUGUGAGCGGUCCACUCUCUUGUGAUUUAUCCUGAUGGCUGACUCCAAACCACUCCUCUCCCUUGAUGGGGACCCUGUGGCUGUAGAAGCCUUGCUCCGGGAUGUGUUUGGGAUUGUCAUGGAUGAGGUCAUUCGGAAAGGGACCAGCGCCUCUGAGAAGGUCUGUGAGUGGAAGGAGCCGGAGGAGUUGAGGCAGCUGCUGGAUCUGGAGCUGCGGAGCCGGGGAGAGUCGCGGGAGCAGAUUCUGGAGCGGUGCCGGGCGGUGAUGCGCUACAGCGUGAAGACCUGUCACCCUCACUUCUUCAACCAGCUCUUCUCAGGGUUGGAUCCCCAUGCUCUGGCUGGGCGCAUUGUCACCGAGAGCCUUAAUACCAGCCAGUACACUUAUGAAAUUGCCCCCGUGUUUGUGCUCAUGGAAGAAGAGGUGCUGAAGAAACUCCGGGCCCUGGUGGGCUGGAGCUCUGGCGAUGGGGUCUUCUGCCCUGGUGGCUCCAUCUCCAACAUGUAUGCCGUGAACCUGGCCCGCUAUCAGCACUUCCCGGAUUGCAAGCAGAAGGGCCUCCGGGCCCUGCCGCCCCUGGCCCUCUUCACGUCAGAGGAGUGUCAUUACUCCAUCAAGAAGGGAGCUGCUUUUCUGGGACUUGGCACUGACAGUGUCCGAGUGGUCAAGGCAGAUGAGAGAGGGAAAAUGAUCCCUGAGGAUCUGGAGAGGCAGAUCAGUCUGGCCGAGGCAGAGGGUGCUCUGCCAUUCCUGGUCACUGCCACCUCUGGCACGACCGUGCUGGGAGCCUUUGAUCCCCUGGAGGCAAUUGCUGACGUGUGCCAGCGUCACGGGCUGUGGCUCCAUGUGGAUGCCGCCUGGGGUGGGAGUGUCCUGCUCUCACAGACACAUAGACAUCUCCUGGAUGGGAUCCAGAGGGCUGACUCCGUGGCCUGGAAUCCUCACAAGCUCCUCUCGGCAGGCCUGCAGUGCUCAGUUCUUCUUCUCCGGGAUACCUCGAACCUGCUCAAGCGCUGCCACGGGUCCCAGGCCAGCUACCUCUUCCAGCAGGACAAGUUCUACGACGUGGCUCUGGACACAGGAGACAAGGUGGUGCAGUGUGGCCGCCGCGUGGACUGUCUGAAGCUGUGGCUCAUGUGGAAGGCACAGGGCGGGCAAGGGCUGGAGCAGCGUGUGGACCAGGCCUUUGCCCUUGCCCGGUACCUGGUAGAGGAAUUGAAGAAGCGGGAAGGAUUUGAGUUGGUCAUGGAGCCCGAGUUUGUCAAUGUGUGUUUCUGGUUCGUUCCCCCCAGCCUGCGGGGGAAGCAGGGGAGUCCGGAUUACAGUGAAAGGCUGGCUAAGGUGGCCCCGGUACUUAAAGAGCGCAUGAUGAAGGAGGGCUCCAUGAUGAUUGGCUACCAGCCCCAUGGGACCCGGGGCAACUUUUUCCGCAUGGUCGUCGCCAACCCCGCCCUGACCCGGGCUGAUAUGGACUUCCUCCUCAACGAGCUGGAACGGCUAGGCCGGGACCUCUGAGCCCUCUCCUCCUUGCUGCUGCCCUUGGCAUCCCCCGCCCGCUCCCCGUGUGUUCCCUCCCUAUUCUCAAGAACAACCUUUCUGGGAAACACAGUGGUCUUAACAAUGUUUAUAUACUUACCCACUAACUCUCCUAUUCAAUAUUUGAUAUUAGGAAAAUGUUUAAAUAAAUAGUAUAUCCAUAUCGUAGGAUGUUAUUCUGCCAUUAAAAUUAUGUUUACAAAGAAGAUUUUUAUUGAUAUGAGAAAAAAUAAUUUUAAUAUAAUGUUACGUUGAAAAAGCUGGAUAUAAGACUUUAUGUAUAGUAACAUCUGAACUAUAUUCAAAAAUACAUAGGAAAAGACUGAUGAAA